AUGGUCACUUCCAACCAUUCUUCAAGUCCGAUCAAGAUUCUAUGGGAUAUUAGAGCUCUGAGCUCUCGAAUUGACUGGCUCCGCUUAUGGAUAACCGCCGGAGCACCCCUCAUUGCAAUAAUAAUCGGCACCCUCUGGGUACCAUUCCAAUAUCGCACCGGAAUUUUUUUCUUCACUUAUGCGACAGCAUCUGGAAUCAGCGUUACUGCAGGAUAUCAUCGCCUUUGGGCACACCGGGCAUAUUGCGCUGGAAAUUUUCUGAAGGUUAUACUCGCAAUUGUCAGCACCAGCGCAGGACAAGGCUCGAUUAGAACAUGGUGCAGAGACCAUAGAGCCCACCACCGCUAUACAGACACUGAUAGGGAUCCAUACUCUGCCCACAAAGGACUUUUCUAUUCUCACUACGGAUGGGUCGUGAUCAAACGCAAGCGAGAACAAACAGGCCAGGUGGACGUUCAGGAUCUCUCGAACGACCCAAUCAUCCUUUGGCAGCGCAAGCACUACAUUCCCUUAUUCUUUCUGACCGCAUUUAUAUUUCCAACAGCAUACUGCGGACUUAUGUACGGUGAUUUUGCUGGAGGAUUCAUAUGGGCCAGCUGGGUUCGAUUAUUCAUGAUCCAACAGGCAACCUUCUGUGUCAAUUCUCUCGCUCAUUGGGCUGGGGAUCAACCUUAUGCCAGCCGCCUUUCGCCAAGAAACUCAUUUUUUGUCGCUCUUAUCACUUGGGGAGAAGGGUAUCACAAUUUUCAUCACGAGUUUCCAGUGGACUACCGCAAUGGGAUCAGAUGGUUUCACUGGGAUCCGACGAAGUGGUUUAUCUGGCUCUGCGAGAAAGUCAAUCUGGCCUCAGACUUGAAGCGGUUUCCCGAAAACGAGAUUCAGAAGGGUAAAUACCAGCAAAUUCAACGCCAGCUUGAACUCCGGUGCCAAGAGAUAUCCUGGGGGACACCAAUAGACGAACUUCCCGUCUGGAGUUUUGAAAAAUACACCCAGACAGUUAACAACGGUCAUCGUUUGCUUCUUGUUGAUGGUGUUGUGCAUGAUGCUGCACAGUUUGUGGACCAACAUCCCGGCGGAAAAAAGUUCUUGCUAGAGUAUGUUGGCAAGGACGCUACGAGACUGUUCCAUGGCAGCGCAAUCCAUGCUCACUCCAAUGCGGCCGAAAACUUGCUCUCAACCAUGCGAUUGGCGAGGAUCUCUCAGACUGCCAAAAUUUAA